AUGCCGGCUACAAGCCACUGUCUUGCCGUAUGGAAGACAGUACCUCCAUGGGCGUCUUGGAGGGAUCGAAAUCACAGAGAUUUUGAGCACAUAUCAAUCCCCUUUCAUCAUCGAGAAUCAAUAAUAGAAUGUGGAGUGACCAGGGAAAGGAGGUGCCAGAACUUCGAGACGCUUGAGGAUCAGCUGCAUAGCAUUCAAAAUGACCUUUCUGAUUUGACGUCACUUGUCAGAGGCGGGAACAGCGUGAGAUCUUCAUCGCUUGCCGCCGAGGAAUGGGCCCCAGAUAAUCUUGCCGGAACAGACUCAGGACCAGUAGCCCAUACAAACUGUCACAUCGUACGAGACGCGUCACAGUCCCUCGACCGUUAUCAUGGACCUUGCUCGCUUUAUGCCCUCUGCAAGGAAUUUCAUGAUGAUCCCAUAUUUGGUGUUCCUGAUAACAACACCUCGACACAUACUGCCGAGCAUGCCAUGCUCCAAGAAAUGCUUUACAAAGCAAGCAAUGAGCCUCACCUAGAUAUACCGUCUCAACCUACAGGCAUAUGCCUUCCGCCUCGGCAGUUUCUUAAUCUUGUUAUCGGCCCAUUUUUCAAGAACACCGAUUACGCCACUGAUGUCUUUGUGCGAUCAGCUUUCCAACUUCAGAUUGAUCGCAUCUAUUCUCAGCCUAUAGUUCCUUCGGAUGAAGGCUGGGCCAUUUGCUUCAAUGUUAUAGUUCUCCUUGGUAUCAAGAGGGAGCCUACCACUCAGGGCAAUAGCCACUUCAUCCAAUCUCUUCUUCAAACGAUGAGGAUGGCCAUCAAUAACCCACGUGUCUUUUUGACACCAAGGCUUGUUAAUGUGCAAGCACUUGCUCUUUUGUACGACAUCACUUGCAGAACUGGUCUUCGCCCAAGCUUGUUUGUUGGCACGUACAAUGGGUCUCCAUCGGGGUUGCACAUCCUCCAACAACCUUCCACCAGAGACUAUACUGGAGAGACACAAAGUCUUUCAGUCAUUGUAUACCAGAGAUAA